AUGUCCAGCCCACAGGUGCUGAACAUGCCAUGCUUCCUUGCCAAACCUGUCGAGGCUGAGCUCUUCCGUGAUAAGCCCUCUAUCAUGCAUCCCCUCCAAACACCUCGAAGCGAAGUAUACCGCCUCAUUGAUAUCGAAGCUCCACAUCAUCACUAUCUCAAGCUUCAGCUUACCCAGGACAUGGGCGUGACACUAGAAGUAAAGGUCGCCAAAUAUGAACCUAGACCCAACGAAAAGACAUCACACCCAUGGAAAGACAGAUCCGGAAACCCGAGGGCCUUGCAAAUGCCUCCGUACUGUAUUGCAACCAUGACGGAUGCGCGCCAGCAAAUGCUAAACUACAUAAACGCCUUCCGGGGCGCGUUCCUUUCCAAAUUGCGGAUGUCAUGUAACGAAAUCACGGGGAAGAUUAUCGAUGAAGCUCGACGAUACGCAGCCUUCAACCCAAACUCCACUGUCCGAAAAGCAAUGGACCUCUUCGCCGCCACCCGAAUAAUUGAACACGACUGGAGGAUAUGUGGCCGCAACACCUUAGGCAUCAACGUCGUCGAGGACGAAGAGAACCCAUGGUUCAACAAGAUCCCCGUCACGCCCAUCAUGGACACCCAGCUCGACCAGAUAGUCAUCCAGGGCUUCCUCAAACCUCUCCGCGACCAGCUCCUUCAAGAACUGCAGACGAAAAUCUACGAGAGCAGGAGAGAGAACUGGUUCGAGAUCUUCCUCACGACCUCUAUUCUCCUGACCAAUGCGGAACUGCUCCUCUCACACUCGCGCAAGAAUGCGAAGCGGUAUGGCGCUAACCGCCGCUACAACUCCCUUGAACGCGCCUACAAGUACUUCCACACCUGUAACCUCCUCAUCGCGCACUUCCACUUCGUCUGCGUGGGGUUUGCUCCCUUGAAGCUCGACUGGACCUCUGCCAACGUCUCGUCAAUGGCGGUGCUGGAUCUCGACCAGAUGGCGUUUAUGACACAACUGCAGGAUAUGAUUAAGAGGAAGGAGGAGCACGUGUUGGGGCUUCGGAAGAAGCGGGAAUAUGAGGAGGAGCUGUAUUGGUGCCAUCAACUGUUCUUUGAGAAGUGGGAAUGGGAGAAGCCGAGGAUUGAGGACGAGUGA